AGUGACGUAAAAAAGGAGCGCCUCCGAGAACGCGAGCUGGGAGCACGUCGAGGCCAUGGCCCCUCGGCGCCUCCUGUUGGUUGGGGAGGGGAAUUUCUCCUUCGCUGCCGCUCUGAGCGAGAACCUGGAUCCGAGCACCAGUAUAACUGCCACCUGCCCCCAUCGCCCGGCCGACUUGGCCCAGGAUCCGCUGGCCCGGGAGAAUCUGCAGCGCCUGCGCGAGCGAGGUGCCGAGGUACGCUUUGGUGUGGACUGCACCCAGCUGGUAGAUGCCUUUGAACUGCAAGACAGAGAGUUUGAUCGAAUUUAUUUUAACUUUCCUCACUGUGGACGCAAAGCUGGAGUAGCUAAGAACAGGGAACUGCUUGCCAAGUUUUUCCAGAGCUGUGCGGAUGUUCUUGCAGAGGAAGGAGAAGUCCAUGUGGCAUUGUGUAGAGGACAAGGUGGGACUCCUGCUGAUAAGCCCAUGAGAGAAUGGCACAACAGUUGGCAAGUGGUUGCUAUGGCAGCUCUGGGGGGAUUUAUUUUAAGUGAUGUGCAUCUCUUCAGCUGUGAGGCUGUGCCGGGGUACAAGUGCACUGGAUAUAGGAGUCAAGAUAAGUCCUUUCAUGUAGAAGGUGCUUUGAACCAUAUCUUUACCCGGAGCUUACCCUAUGAAGGUUUGCAACCAAGAAUUUCCAGGAUCAAACUGGGUGACCAGUGGUUUUCUUUUCUAGAACCAGAAGUACUUGUAGGAAAGCUGAACAGGGGUUUCCUAGAAGCACCUUCAUAUCAUCCUAUCAAAACCAUAAAUGAGAAACUCAUUGCUGAAUUGGGGAAAGCUUUCCCUCUAAAAAGGCUGAAGUGUUCUUCCCCUUUGCUGCCACAGGGAGACACCAGUGUUCUCACUUCCUGCCACUGUGACAUCCUAUCAUCUGCCUUUUGGAUUAGUCUCCGUGAAGAUAACUCAAAUUUUGAGUCCCUGACUGGUGGGACAACACAAGACAUGGAGGACUUUCUAGUGUCAUUUUCAGAACUCAGCCUUCCCAAGAACCCUAGAAGAGACAGUAAGGAAGAAGCUCAGGAAGGAAUGUAUGGCCAGGCCAAGGUCUGCCUUAGACCUUCUCUUCUAGUUCAUGUUCAGGCUCUAAUCCAAGCACCAGACUUCCUCCCAGGUUCUCUGUACAUCCUCAGUGGACCUGUCUUUCAGAAGUGCCGCAUCUCACCUUUCACAAUGCCAGCAUUUCAUGAGACUUUGUUUAUCCUUGGAUUUAAUAAAAAUCUGAAGGAUGGCUGUCUUCAGUCACUACUGGAUCAUCUGAAGGGCGUUCUAGAUAGCCUUCUGACCCAGACAUUGCUCAAGGGCUCUAAGCUGGGCAGUUCAGUGGAAUUUGUCUUUCAACCACGUGGGGAAGAUUAUAUGAUCAUUGUGAAGUCUCAAAAUUUUGGCCCAGAUUGUGUUAAGGAUUUGAUUAUUGGGUCUGUUACCACAUCUGCUACAAGCAUCAUACACAAAGACCAGUGUUUUGUGUGUGUGUCUAUGAACUUGGACCUAUUAGCCAUGCUUGUCUGGGGUAUCUCUGAUUGGAGGAUGUUGUGGACCUUUGAUAAACGUUUCCUGAAGAAUUUUGCCCCUGGGAAAAUAGAACCCUUUAAAAGCUAUUCCCUAUAUCCUCCAUACUAUGUGCAUGAUAUUAGUUUUUGGUUAGAUACAAAGAAAAGAUUUGAUGAAGUAGAGUUUCACACUGUGGCCCGAGCAGUGUCGCAGGACACUGUCAUAUCCAUACAAUUCCUUAGUCGUUUUCAGCAUCCAAAGACGGAACAGGUCAGCCUCUGCUAUAGAUUGACCUACCAGACCUGUGACAAGGCCCUCACCCAGCAGCAGGUAGCAUCAAUGCAGUCCCAGCUAAGGAAGGAGAUUCAACAACGACUACACGUGACACCUCGGUAGUUUAGUAAAUUCAUCUCUACAUAGUGAUCCUCAUGGGUGUGGAUGAAAAAGACCAAUUGGUAAUCGGUAGUUCUUUCUAGACUUUUUUUUUUUUUUAAUCUUUUACUUUGUGACUAUAGCUACUGAUGGUUGACUUUAAAGAUACCUGUGACUCGAUCACUUAAAAUUUACAGACUAUAAUGUGAGUGGUGACCUUUGGAGUUGUGCAAUAUUUUGUUCAUGAGUAAUGACUAGGAAAACAAACAAAACAGCAUCUUAUACACUAGAUGCUGUAAUGCUGAAGCAGUAGAAUUUGAGUGUCUCAUCAAAUAUAUUUAUAUUUUCCGAAUUGUCAAUUCCUCUUUCCUUAACUCUAUCAUAUCAUCUCUCUAAAUCAGUUGAGAGUAAUUUUUAGAGUCAGACAGACCAGCAUUUAUUACCUUGGGUAAGUUGCAAGUGCUCCGUAUUAUUGGUAUCAUCAUCAUGUUUAUUCUGUGGUUGACUGCUGUUAAAGUCAUGGAACUAAGUAAGUGUCACACUUAGAGUUCACACCUGGGUCUGUCUUGACUCUAAAGCCCCUGUUCUUUCUGCCACUUUCUGUUACUUUACUUCUCCUUCCAUAGUUUUUUCAACAGUAAUCUCUGAACUGUGAUUAACUCUACCCUUUUCCCCCCUAGAUUUUGGGACUUCCUGUAAGCAUCUCUAAGGGACAUUGGGAGAUUGGCUCAGCCCAGGACUCUGCAGAAUGGGGUGCUAUAAUGUGCAUUAAUGGAUGUUCCUGUUAAUUAAUAGUUAGGCUCCACUGAUUGGAGCUAUAUUGUAAACUCUGUGAAGGAAAUAAAACUGUCUCAUUAAUUUCUUUAAAAAAAUUUUUUUUUAAUUGAAGUAUA